AUGCCGGACGAAGCGGGUCACAAGAGACAGCGUGUUUCUAAAGCCUGUGAUUCUUGUCGUCGCAAGAAAGUAAAAGUAGGUGCUUUUUCUUUGAAAGAUUUAAAUAUUUUUGGUUACAUCGAAGCCAUUGAGACACGAUUACAUAGAAUGGAAUCUCUUUUAGGUGGGUUAGUUCACAGCAAUGAUCCCUUUGCGGAAGCUGUAUUGGCAGAGUUGAUGCAAGAUGACCCGCGUCCUUCUCGUAAAUCUGGAAAUACGGAAUUUACAUGGAGGAAUGGUUCUAUAUCAAUGUAUGGUGAUACGGGUAGUAGUGGCCUGCAAAGUCCUGAAAAUGUUCAGGCAAAAGAUAAUUCUAUUAUUGAUGAUUUAAAUGAUAUUAUGGGAAUCCUUAGCAUAGACGAGAACAAACAGGUUCGUUAUCAUGGACGAAGUAGUGGACUUUAUCUCUUAAAGAAUAGUGAACGAUACAAAAAUGGGAUUUUAUCGUUAUCCGAUAAUUCUCCAGAGGAAACUUUAAUUUCUACCCAAAAUCUAGAAUCAUUAAAGCGACCAGAAUUGACGAUAUUACCUUCCCAAGAAAUAUCCGAACAUUUAUUGGAGACUUAUUUCACGCACAUCCAUCCUCUAUUACCUAUUAUCUAUAAACCAAUUUUUUUUAAUCGAUUAAAAGAUCGAGAUAAUCCACCACUUCUUCUUUUAAAUGCUAUAUACGCUCUUGCUGCGAGAUUUUCUGACAGACCUGAAUUAAGAAAGAAUCUUCAGGAUUCGCAGACGGCCGGCGAUGAAUUCUUUGAUCGUGCGAAGGCACUACUAGAUAAUGAUUAUGAUAAAUCUCAUAUAACAACCAUUCAAGCUCUUAUUAUAAUGGCUUUAAGGGAUAUUAGAAUUGAUAAUACCACGAGAGGUUGGAUUUAUAUUGGUAUGGCUGCAAGAAUGGCGCAAGAUUUAGGUAUUCACCGUAAUAACGAAAAGUGGCAACCGAUCUCGUUAUCACAUGCGGAAAAAGAAGAACAAAAACGUGCCUUCUGGUCUUGUUUUGUAAUUGAUAGGUAG